AUGUGCAAAGUUCUGGGUGGAGGGCUAAGAGCUGAAGAGAUCAAAGAACUUUGGCAAGAGUAUGAAAACAAUGCUUCGUUAGAGGCAAAUCUUGUGAAAGAUUUUGACAAGGUUGAGAUGAUUCUCCAAGCAUUAGAAUAUGAAAUGGAACACGGGAAAGUGCUCGACGAGUUUUUCAUAUCAACAGCAGGAAAGUUUCAGACAGGGAUCGGAAAGAGCUGGGCUGCAGAGAUCCUCUCCAGAAGAAAUCAGAUAUUGGAAGACAAACGAAAAUAGCCACUCGAAAUCAUCUCCCUCUCCUUAUGCAGCUUGUCAACUGGGGGCUAAAGCAGAAACUAAAACACUCAAGAAAGGUACAAUGGCACUUCUACUUACACAGUUAUGGUGUAGGGCUUUGUCUUCUUCUCUUGUCAUAAGUUGCUAGAAACGUAGUAACCUUAAAUAGGUC